CUCGCGUUUUUGUUGCAACAAUAAGUAACUUUAUUUAGUUUAUUUUUAUAGAGAUUGACAUGCAUGGAAAUUAAUCAUUAUGUUUUUGGUUUUAUUAACACUGACGUCAUGGACGCUGUUCUAUUAUGUUCUUAAAAGAUAUAACCACAUGCGUUCAUCUGAAUGGAAUAGUCGUAUAGUAGCUUUAAUGCACGCUCUUCUUAUUACGAAGAUGGUCGAGACGUGCUUCUUCAUUGGUCCAUGGCCGUAUGACAGUAUGGGGGAGGCGAACACUCUCACACAGUAUGUCACCAUGAGUAUCAGUGCAGGUUACUUCCUUUUUGAAAUAGCGUGGUGUGUUGUUAUGCAAACCGAAGGAUUCGUGAUGCUGUUACACCACUUUAUCAGCCUGACUGGUUUGAUUUCUAGUUUAUAUAUUGAUAAAUGUGGUUCAGAAGUAAGCGCUGUUAUAUGGGGAUCUGAACUAACCAAUCCCUUCUUGCAGAUCAGAUGGUUUCUACGGGAAACGAAACAGUACCAGACGAUUUUCGCUUAUAUUAACGAUUGGUUGUUUUUUCUCACUUUUGCUGUCGUUCGCGUAGGGAUCGGCGCGACUUUAGGAUAUGCGAUGUAUUUUUCAGUGGGAACGCCUAUUAUUGUAAAAAUCGGUGGAUAUCUAUUUUACUUAAUUGGAUUGGUAUGGAUGUACCAGAUUUUUAAAUUUGCUCAAAAGAGAUUAUUUAUAACGCCAGGAAGAUUUAUACAGAUGAAAAGAUUGAAAGAAAACAAAAAAUUAUGAUAUUUUUAUUUUUAAAGACUUUUUUUAGACACACGCACAUUUAGUUCUUUUAAUUUUUAACGUAGAAAAUAAAAAUUUAUUAGGGAUGUUAAAAAAAUAGAAUAACUUCAUUUUUAGAAGUACCAACGAAUGAUUUAAUCAACAAUAAAUUGAUAGACUGACUCUAUCUGCUAAUUAAUGUCGCAACAUUCAAAGUUUGAGACUGUUGACAGAUACUAAGACUCCGUGAACAAGAGGAGUACGUUAUACAGACAUCUAUACCUACAAAUAUCACAAUGAAAUGAUCAAUGUCGCAAUAGGCAAUUUUACAAUUUCAUUACAUAAAUCUUUCAGCGAUUUUAAUAGCCACAGCCGUAAGGUUUAGUUCCAACCCAGGCUAAAAUUAAUAUUGUUUACAGUGAAGUAUCUUAGUAUACUUAAAAAGUUGUAGAAGUUACACAGACAUUGCUUAAUGAAGGAACUAAAACAUUAACUUAUACCUUAUCAGGGUAACAAAAGGGAAAGGUGAACAAAUUUAAGGGUAGAUAACUAAUGCUUCACCUGGCUAACAUUUUCCCCAACUAACAUUUACCAGACUAUAAUAAUCUACCGUUUUUCUAUUGUUUUUAUUGUCAAUUGUAAUGACAAUAGCCAAUAGAAUUGCAAAAUAAAGUUUUUAAAAUCAGUAGAAAAAACACAAUUAGUUUAUUAAAACAUAAAAGGCUUCAUUAGCUGUUGUGUCAUAUUUUUAUACUUUACAUACAAAACAGUCCUUCUUAUUGACGUGCAAUUUAUUUGUCCGUAUUAGCGUACGAUGUUAAUUUUUAUAGCUAAGUAAUUAUUUCAUUUAGUACACCUUUAAAAGGUUUGGUGUGUGUAGAGCUUUUUCAAACAAGCGUGUACAAUCCCGAAAGGUGUAUUUCUAUAAGGUUAUUAUUUUUAGGCCCCUUUAUAGGCCAUUUACCUUAUUACAUGCGUGCUUUUUUCAGUGCGUUGUACUUUAUGUGUGUAUUAUAUGUAGGAAUUCUUCACAUGCAUUCGUGUUGACAAAAAUAUAAUGAAGAUCUGAUUU